UCAGGGCAGUUGGACAUUCCGGGACAUCGCUGGGGGCCAGACGUUAAGUUGAUGGUAGAGUGCUGUCAACAGAGAAAGGAAAUCGGGGGGAUCCUCACGGAAAUGGGGUGCAUCUUAGAAUGAGGGAGCACUUUCGGAGCUGAGGAGGAGGAGGGCUCUUCCUUCUGUGCCACCCACAGGUGUCUGCGCCCCUCCCGAUGAGUCAUCUGGGAGCCAGACGCCAUCCGUCUCGGACAGAACCUGUCAGGUGCCGCACAAGUUGCACGUCCCCGUAAAUCCGGGGAUUGACUCCAGACGCCCCCCCGUUAGAGGCGAGCGAGCGGCGGUGCAGGAGGAGACGCGCGCUGCCGGGCCGGGCGGGCUGCUUGGGGAGAUGACUCCUCGCCGGGAGGGCGCCUCUGGGAAGAAGACCACCACCGGGGAGGCAAAGUUUCGGGGCAGCUGAGGAGCCUUCCCCGCAGCCCUUCCAGCCCCGUCAGCCCCCUGGCUAUGGAGGGCGGACUCUAAAAUGAAUCCCGACCUGGACACCGGCCACAACACAUCAGCACCUGCCCACUGGGGAGAGUUGAAAAAUGCCAACUUCACUGGCCCCAACCAGACCUCGAACAACUCCAGACUGCCCCAGCUGGACGUCACCAGGGCCAUCUCCGUGGGCCUGGUGCUGGGCGCCUUCAUCCUCUUUGCCAUCGUGGGCAACAUCUUAGUCAUCUUGUCUGUGGCCUGCAACCGUCACCUGCGGACACCCACCAACUACUUCAUCGUCAACCUGGCCAUCGCCGACCUGCUGCUGAGCUUCACCGUGCUGCCCUUCUCGGCUGCCCUGGAGGUGCUGGGCUACUGGGUGCUGGGCCGCAUCUUCUGCGACAUCUGGGCCGCCGUGGACGUCCUGUGCUGCACCGCCUCCAUCCUGAGCCUGUGCGCCAUCUCCAUCGAUCGCUACAUCGGAGUGCGCUACUCCCUGCAGUACCCGACGCUGGUCACCCGGAGGAAGGCCAUCUUGGCGCUCCUCGGCGUCUGGGUCUUGUCCACGGUCAUCUCCAUCGGGCCUCUCCUUGGGUGGAAGGAGCCAGCACCCAAUGAUGACAAGGAAUGCGGGGUCACCGAAGAGCCCUUCUACGCCCUCUUCUCCUCGCUGGGCUCCUUCUACAUCCCCCUGGCCGUCAUUCUGGUCAUGUACUGCCGCGUCUACAUCGUCGCCAAGAGGACCACCAAGAACCUGGAGGCCGGGGUCAUGAAGGAGAUGUCCAAUUCCAAGGAGCUGACCCUGAGGAUCCACUCCAAGAACUUUCACGAGGACACCCUCAGCAGCGCCAGGGCCAAAGGCCACAACCCCAGGAGUUCCAUAGCUGUCAAACUUUUUAAGUUCUCCAGGGAAAAGAAAGCAGCCAAGACCUUGGGCAUAGUGGUCGGGAUGUUCAUCUUGUGCUGGCUACCCUUCUUCAUCGCUCUGCCACUUGGCUCCUUCUUCUCCACCCUGAAGCCCCCGGACGCCGUGUUCAAGGUGGUGUUCUGGCUGGGCUACUUCAACAGCUGCCUCAACCCCAUCAUCUACCCGUGCUCCAGCAAGGAGUUCAAGCGCGCCUUCCUGCGCAUCCUCGGGUGCCAGUGCCGCGCCCGCCGCCGUCGCCGCCGGCGUCGUCGCCUGGGCAACUGCGCCUACACCUACAGGCCGUGGACGCGCGGCGGCUCGCUGGAGCGCUCGCAGUCGCGCAAGGACUCGCUGGACGAUAGCGGCAGCUGCCUGAGCGGCAGCCAGCGGACCCUGCCCUCGGCCUCGCCGAGCCCCGGCUACCUGGGCCGCGGCGCCCAGCCGCCCGUCGAGCUGUGCGCCUUCCCCGAGUGGAAGGCGCCCGGCGCCCUCCUGAGCCUGCCGGAGCCCUCCAGCCGCUGCGGGCGUCACGACUCGGGCCCGCUCUUCACCUUCAAGCUCCUGGCGGAGCCCGAGAGCCCCGGGACCGACGGCGGCUCCAGCAGCGGGGGCUGCGAGGCCGAGCCCGAUGUGGCCAACGGGCAGCCCGGCUUCAAAACCAACAUGCCCCUGGCGCCAGGGCCGUUGUAGGGCCCGGAGCGCCGCCUCCUUUCCCUGGGGGGAAAAUCGCCGUGGGGGCAGGGGAAGGGAGGGGCGUGUCGGCGCCUGGCAGACCCGGGACCCGGGGCAAACGGGGGCGGGGGGCGAGGAGAGGGGCAGCUGCUUUUCUGGCAGGGGCAUGGGUGCCAGGUACAGCGCGGAAAGCUGAGCCGAGCAUGCCGAGAGCCUGGGGCCCCGACACGGGCCGGGAUUACGCUUCCCCCCCUCCCGCCCGUGUAUAUAUCAACGCGUCCCUCCGUACAUGUAUUUAACCGUGGGUACACGUGCGUGUGUCUGUGCGGUGUACGUGUGGUCUGCAUGUGUGCGUGUGUGGGGCAGAGCGAGUGCGCGCCCAGGAGGCAGCGGGGGCCUCGUUCGUCUAGUGACUUCGUACCUCUCAAGCCCCUCUGUCCUGCAGGGAGCCCUGGCACUUGGGCGGGGUUGGGAACCAAGUGGGACAUUAAAGUUAAUUUCUUCUGUGUG